UCCCGCCGCAGCUAGAGCCCCCGCUGCCCACGCUGGACAGCUCCCGCAACACGUUUCCCAAAAAAAUCGGUUGGCGACGGUCUGCUGCUCUAAAGAAGGAGGGGGCGAAGGAGGAGGUGCGACCUGAAAUGACUGUGAUCGUCCCUCUCUCCGCCACUGAACCCCGGGAGGGGGCAGCUUGCAGUGCAGGGGCGGAGGAGCACCGCAGCGGAGGGGCGUCGGGGACGGGAGGGACGCACCGGCCGGAUUCUGUGAACUCCCGCUGGCGAGCUGCGCCUGGCUGCCUCCCCGGGACCGGGACCGCUUACGUCACUGAGCUUUGUGCCGGACUGGCGACGGGAAGCUGCCGUUGCCGAGCGGUUUGAUCGUAGCGAGGAGACUCACGCAGGUAAACAGAGAGGAGUACGUUGUCCCAUCCACUCAGCAUGACCGCUGAAGGCGUGGUCGCCCAUCACAAGUGAGUCCGUCGAGAUGAACGAGGGUCGCAGGCCCGAUGGAGCAGGGGAUGUCACGGUGGAGGCUGAUGUCGUCCUCCACGCCGCGAACCCUGACCUCGUCACGCCUUCCGGCAACGAUGGGAAUUCAUGUCCUGGUUACGUCCAAGAAUUCUCGCAGGACGACCUGGAUUUUAGCCCCCCUCCGAUGUCUGAGAAGGGAUACCUGUUGGAUGGAAGGACGAUGGAGAAUAACCACAUAGACCGGCAGAAAGGUAACGCCUCGUACAUCUCAAGAGCCGAUCAGUAUCACCUCUCCAGUGAUAACGGAGGUCCGCAACAAAACUGUGCGAGCAGGGAAAUCCACAAUGGCGCCAGGGCUAAAGUUACCCCCCCUGAUGGCCCGCCUGGCCAAGCCAAACCGGAAAGCGAUUGGUCAGUCCAGGAAGAUGGAAAAGAGCAGUCCCAAAAAGAGACGGAUUUAGUCAUCGAAGUCGGCGGGCAGAAGAUUGACGCUCACAAGGCGGUCCUGGCACAGAAGAGCGACUACUUCAAAGCUCGGCUGUCGCGCGACACCUUGAAAGUGAAGGGCGUGAGUUACAAGACGAUGUCGACGUUAAUCGACUACGUUUACACUUCCCAGAUGAAUGUUUGCAAGGGCAACGUCGUGGAAGUCAUCACGGGGGCCAAAAUCCUCCAGAUCCCCUGCGCCGUCCAGGCGGCCAUGGACUCCAUGUCGGAACAAAUCACCGCCGAGAACUGCUACGAGAUCCUGACCAUCGCCAAGAAGCAGCGGCUCAGCGAGCUGAAGGAGACGGCCUACGGCUUCAUGAGCGACAACUUCCUCCAGAUCCUCAAAAACCCCGCCGCGUACGGCCGCCUCAACGGAUCCGAGCGGGAUCUGAUCCUGAAGAAGAGAAUGGAGGGGAGGAAGACUCUGAUGGCGGCGGAGAUAAACGACGUGUUCGAUCGCGUCGGCAGCCGGCCGCCGAGCCGCUGCGGCAGCCGGCCGCAGAGCCCGUCGUCCGUCGGGUCGUUGGAGGACAAUCACAUGAUCCACUGCUUCAACGACGGCGAGAAUGACUGGAGACCUUUGACGGCGAUGCCGGAGGACAUGAACACCAAAGGUUGCGGGAUCUGCACGAUGUACAACUACCUGUUUGUGGCGGGGGGGAUAAAGGGCUACGGGGACAAGGGCAAGGUUUCUGACAAGGUCUUCUGCUACAACCCCAUCACCAACCGCUGGGCUGAGGUCCGACCUCUGACCCAGGCUCGUGCCCAGCUGAAGCUUGUGUCUAUGGACGGCUACUUGUACGCCAUCGGAGGGGAAUGCUUGUUCACAGUGGAGAAAUACGACCCUCGCAUGGACCGCUGGACCGCGGUGGCCCCCUUGCCCAAGGGAGCGUUCGCGGUGGCCCACGAGGCCACGAGCUGCAGCGGGGAGCUCUACGUUUCGGGAGGCUCCCUCUUCUACCGCCUCCUGCGGUACGACGCCAAGCGGGACGAGUGGCAGGAGUGCCCCUUCAACAACAGCAGGAAGAAGUCCACCGACAUGGUGGCUUUCAAAAGCUUCAUCUACCGCUUCGACGCCAACCGCGAGCACGGGAUCACCGUGGUCAAGUACAACAGCAUCGUGAAAAUGUGGCACGACUGCGCGUCGCAGAGGCUCGGGAGCCAUCUGCCCUUCAGGUGCGCCGUGAUCGGCAACUGCAUCUACUGCGUGAACAAGAGCCAGACUCUUCGGUUUGUGGUGGAGGAGGAGAACGCCUACUUUGUGGAGGAGGCGCUGGCGGCGCCUGUGGAGGCGAAAGGUGUUCUUUUUCCUUUUGUUCUCACUUUGCCAGAGAAGACUGAGAAAUUGACAUAGUGUGUGUGCGUAUGUAUGUGUGUGUGUGUGUGUGUGUGUGUGUGUGUGUGUGUGUGUGUUCCAGAACAACAAAAUAAAUGUGUCAUAGCGAAACUGGAAUAAGCGGAAGACCUUAUAUUCACUCUUCAGCUUUCUAUCUCAGUGUCUCGUGGCCUGCUUGCAAUGGAAUGUGUAUUUGCAUGGCAAUGUAAUGUGUCUGCAGGGUUAAGCCUUAAACUUUUUAUUUUUUAUUUUUAAGAAAUGCAACGAUAUUUGUAUCUGACUGUAGAUAAUGACAUGACGACAGUGACUGUAGGUUGUUUUGUUUAUUACCUGUGUUACGGUUUGGUUUUUGUGCACUUGUUGUAGUUCGAAUAGAUUUUAUUUAGAACAUAUUAACGAGUUGACUAUGACAAGUGUUUAGUUAAAAGUUGUAUAAAAAGAAGAGCGUAAGCGGCCGCAGUGAACGAUGCCACACAGGUUCUAUGCAAAUGAGACUGAAUAGACAGGUUGUUCUGCUGUCACGCUAUUUAAUAGUUACUAUAAAGGGAAUCUGACCUGGAAGGAAGACAAUAAUUCUUCAAUCUAAGGAUUAUUUUCAGUAUUCGUUUAUGAUUAAUCGAUUUAUUCUGUGGUCAACAAAAUGUCAGAUAUUAAAUGAAACAAUACAUUUAGUGAUUUCCCACAUCCUAAGGAGAUGUCUUGUUUUAUACAACCAACAGUCCAACACCCACAGAUAUUUGGUUUGUUAUUACCAGAUCGUCACAUUUGAGAAACUGAAAAUCAUUCAUUUUUCAAGUUAAAUAUAGCAAAUAUUUGCUAUUUUUACCUUGAAAAAUGAUUCAAAGUAGUUUCAGAUUAUUGAAUAAAUACAAUAAUCAGAGUCAUUGCACCUCUACUUCCAACACUGUUUGAAUUAUAAUCAGUUAAGGAGUAACUGUAUCAGUCGUCCACCUCACAUCAAUCCCCCUUGCAAAACAUUUAAAGUGCAUGUUUACCUUUUGUAAUUCCUGGGGCCUUUUCAGGAAAAGGAGUUUUGAUUUUUAAGUAUCUCCAAGAAUCUAGAAACAAGAAACAUUAAACAAGAGGCUUCAGAACUAAAUAAAAUCGGAAACUGAACUUGUAAGUUAUAAAAGUAUACGUAUAAUUAUUUUUGCAUUCGGAAUAUACUAUUCUGCCACUACUGCAUACUCUUCUCACAGGUGUCACAUGUCCUACAUUUAGCACACUUGCCAAAGAUAAAUAAUUAUCAAACUGACAAAGACUUUUGCACCUUUUGGGGAUUUAGUUCCAGAUAAAAGACGCUCCACUGACAGCACCAGAGUAAACACAUCUAAAGCAGGAGGUGGUUUUCUGAGAGGAAGGGCAUCACGUUUGAUGCUAACAGGCACUUUCUGGGAAGUUGAGGGAGCGUAAGCCAUUUUUAAUACAUAAAGAUGCAUCUCUUGUAUUUCUUUCCCUGUUAGUGUUUAAGGAAACAGCAACAGACCCAUGUUCAAGCACAUGCAGGUUUAGGUCAACGGUCAAAUCCAACACUACAGAGCUGGAACAUGGUCAGGGUCACGGCGCUCGCUGCGUCCACAAACAAGACAUCCUGAUGGCAUGACUAACAAACCAUUUUAUUUUUGCAUCAGUGCACAUUAAUACCAUUUUUUGUCUCAACUUUCUUUCCUGUAGACAUUUCACAGUAUUUCUUUUCACACAUGAAUGGAAGCUCAUGGUGAUACACACUUGCUACUUCUUGCUUUUGAUAACUUUUUAGGAAUGUCUCCAUGCAGUUAAUGUGACGAGGACAAACUGGAUGUGGUUUUGAUAUUUCGCUGGAUGGCAUCUGUAUUAUUGUGAUUUCUUUUGUCUGGUUUUGCUGCUGUCAUGCACAUUAAAGUGAUGCAAUGUUUGGCUUCCUGUUGUGGAUUGGGUUUACACAAUAGCUGUUGGAUAAUGUGUAUCAGUCGGAACUAAGUGCUUCAAAUAAAAAAUGUUCUCUGAAAAUGA